UGAGCCCUAGACAGCGAGUGGCCCGGCUGCUACGAGUGCCUUGCUUUCCCCCUUUUGCAGCAGCAGCGGCGGCAGCCACAGCAUCCGCGUUGCACGAAGGGGAUGUGAGCAGCCGGGCUGAGUCAGCAUCCCCGGUCGGGGCGCGCGCGCAUCCUCCCUCCCUGGCGGUUGGCGACGUGCACACAGGAAACCUUACAGAAACAUGAAGCCCUCAACCAUCUGGAACUGAGAAACUCAUUCGAGGCUGACUGCGGCUUCUAGAACGUCCAGGUGUUCUGCAGAUGUGAGAAUUUAUCCUGCACUCACCAGCUGGAGUCCUGAACAGAUGCACGGCACUAACAUCCCUGAGCACAGAGGGCUCCUUCGCUAAGUGGCCAAAGAGCUGUGGACACUGAGGGCUGAUUGUCGCACACAGCCGGUCCUCCCUCGGAGCUGCAGAGGGGCAAACCACAUUCGGGGUUGCAAGUUUCCUGACUCUCUCGAAUGAGGAUUCCAGGUGGGGGCCUCAUUUCUGUAGCCCCACCAUCCUUCUAGGGACCACCCCCAACAAGACCGCCACCACCAGUAUCUUUUGCAAACUCCUUGCCCUGAAACAGAGCAGGAGGGCCCUCGGAAAAAUCUUUAGCUGCGGCCCACCGUCACUCCGGACAGUGAUUACCCUCCCCUCCCCACCAUGGGCUGGCUUUUUCUAAAGGUUCUGCUUGUGGGGGUGACUUUCUUGGGAGGCCUGUAUCCCCUUGUGGAUUUUUCCUUCAGUGGGGAAACAAGAGGCCGGAAGCCAAAUUUCGUGAUCAUUUUGGCAGAUGACAUGGGGUGGGGGGACCUGGGGGCGAACUGGGCAGAAACGAAGGACACUGUCAACCUUGAUAAGAUGGCUGCAGAAGGAAUGAGGUUUGUGGAUUUCCACGCAGCUUCCUCCACCUGCUCGCCCUCUCGGGCCUCCCUGCUCACGGGCCGGCUUGGCCUUCGCAACGGAGUCACGCACAACUUUGCGGUCACCUCUGUGGGGGGUCUGCCGCUCAACGAGACCACCUUGGCGGAGGUGCUGCAGCAAGCUGGCUACGUCACUGGGAUGAUAGGCAAAUGGCAUCUCGGACACCAUGGCUCUUAUCACCCCAACUUCCGUGGUUUUGAUUACUACUUUGGAAUCCCAUACAGCCAUGAUAUGGGCUGCACGGAUACCCCGGGCUACAACCACCCUCCUUGUCCAGCGUGUCCACGGGCCGAUAGACCGGCAAGGAACCUUGAGAGGGACUGUUACACUGAUGUGGCCCUUCCUCUCUAUGAAAACCUCAACAUCGUGGAGCAGCCCGUGAACCUGAGCAGCCUGGCGCAGAAAUAUGCCGAGAAAGCGACCCAGUUCAUCCAGCAUGCAAGCACCAGUGGAAGGCCCUUCCUGCUGUACGUGGGCCUGGCCCACAUGCACGUGCCCUUAUCCAGAAUGCAGCUCUCAGCAGACCCACGGGGCCAAAGGCCAUAUGGCGCAGGUCUCCGGGAGAUGGACAGCCUGGUGGGCCAGAUCAAGGACAAAGUCGACCGCACAGCAAAAGAAAACACAUUCCUCUGGUUUACAGGAGACAAUGGCCCGUGGGCUCAGAAGUGUGAGCUGGCAGGUAGCGUGGGUCCCUUCACUGGAUCGUGGCAAAUUCAUCAAGGGGGAAGUCCGGCCAAGCAGACCACGUGGGAAGCAGGGCACCGGGUCCCCGCUCUGGCUUACUGGCCCGGCAGAGUUCCCGUCAAUGUCACCAGCACCGCCCUGUUAAGGAGCAGAAACCCAGGUGGAACCCGAAGAAAGGAGAGGCAAGCAGAGGGGGACGGGCCACGAAGGAGGAUUGUGCUGGACAUCUUCCCCACUGUGGUAGCUCUGGCCGGGGCCAGCCUGCCCCAGGACCGGCACUUUGACGGUUUGGAUGCGUCUGAGGUGCUCUUUGGCUGGUCGCAGACUGGGCACAGGGUGCUGUUUCACCCCAACAGUGGGGCGGCUGGAGAGUACGGAGCCCUUCAGACAGUCCGCCUGGGGCACUACAAGGCCUUCUACAUCAGCGGCGGAGCCAGAGCCUGUGAUGGGGACGUGGGGCCUGAGCAGCAUCAUGAGCCUCCCCUGAUUUUUAACCUAGAAGACGAUGUUGCAGAAGCUGUGCCUCUGGACAGAGGUAGUGCCGAAUACCAGGGCCUAGUGCCCAAGGUCAGAGAGGUUCUUGCAGAUGUUCUCCUAGACAUUGCUGUUGACAGCACCUCCAGAGCGGAUUAUACUCGCGAUCCUUCCGUGACCCCCUGCUGCAAUCCCCACCACGUCGCUUGCCGUUGCCAGAGCAUCUGACGGACCGAUUUUCCCCCAGGCAGAAGAUGUCAGGAAGGGAGGGCAAGUUCCAGCUCCAGAUGCUGUAAAAACCAAGUCUCAGAAUUUUGUCCCGCAGCCCCCGCGUUGCGCCCCCCGCAGGCCCUCCUGCGUGCGGAGCUCAGGAGGAGAGCACCCAGGCUUCGGGGUUAGCCCUGGUUCAAGACCCUGGCUUUUGAACAUGGGUGAUUAUUUAACCUAGCUCGCGAGCUGAUUUUGGGGACGAAAGAAGGUGAUUUACGAAAAUGCCUGCCACAUGACCUGCCACGGCACAGGCACUGAAUGCAUUUUAGUUUCCUUCUUCUGUACCCACUUUGGCUGGUCGCUUUAGGAUAGGUUCAUCCCAGCUGGGAUCUAGGGCACUGCUUCUCCAUCUUUAAUAUGCAUACCUCUCAGCUGAGAGCUCGUGGAAGGGCAGGCUCUGACUCAGUAGGUCUGGGGUGGGGCCUGAGAUGCUCCAUUUCUGGGCGGCUGCUGGGGGGUGCCCUGAGCAGCAUGGAUGCAGACUUAGGACAGAGUUAGAUGUUUCCGAGUCUCAGCGCAGAAGAGCCCACAGAUAAAUCCACGGCCCUGCCCGCCUCCCUCCUCCCCUGUUAAAGAUCAAACGACUGUAUUCUAAAGAUUUUAGGCAUCCUUCCUGCUUCCUAAAACCAGUAAGAAAUAAAAAUUUAAAACCUCAAAAAUGCAUUG